AUGAUGGUAGCUACAAGACAAGCUCACGGUCCUCCCCCUGAAACCAACCAAGGAUUCAAGAAGAGCCUAAGGGCUUCAGGAUUUUUGGAAACAUGGUACGAAGAGCAGAGGACGGAGUACCGAUCGGACUUCCUCAAGAUUCGGGGAGGAGGAGCUGGCGGCCGUGUAUUCGGCUUGAACGGCCGAAUUUCGUUGGAGGCUCCGGCCAAAGGGAGCGUCGGAGCGACGCAAUGGGUUUAA